AUGGUGAAGAUGAAAUUUUGGGAACUCUGUCUGGUUUUCCUCCUAACUUUGGCCAUGACAUCUGAGAGCCUGCUCUGGAGAAACAAGGGUCUCAGAACAAAAAAGGACCUCGAUAUGAGCAAGGAAACACAUCCAGGCAUGGUACAGGUAUAUGAGCUGUUGCUUCAGGUAACCUACCAACAUGCAGCUGAAAAAAGGAAAUUUCAGAAUUUUCUGAAGGACCUGAAGCAUCAAUACUCCUGGCCAAAUGGGACAUUGGAAAUUAUCAGAAAGAAAGCUACUACAAACUGUAGCAUCCUGAAUAGAAUCCUGAGAUGUGCUUGUGAAGAUGGUUACCACUGGUUUUCUCACACUUGCCUGGAUCCUAGGAGAUGCCACUUUAACAAGACAGGGGCACAUCAAAACUGUGACUGUCAGCUGAACAGUCUUCGUGAGAGCAUCAACUUCUGUGAGAGAACAAAAAUUUUUGGCACUUUUAAAAUUCAUGAGGAAUUUAGAAAAGAUCUCCUGAAUUCAUCAUCCGCACUAUACUCCAACUACACAGCUGGCAUUGAAAUCCAACUUAAGGAAGCCUACAAAUGGGUUCCGGGUUUUGAUUACGUUCGUGUCACCCAGUUUCGGGAAGGAGGCAUCAUUGUUGGAUAUGAAAUCAUUGGUUCCAGCAACACAUCUGAGCUUUUGGCUGCUGUCACGGAGGUCUCUGGAAAGGUGAAAUCAAACCUUAAAAAGUACUAUCUAAUAGAAGAAAGCUCCUUCCAAGUGUUUGGAAAAGCUGACUGUGACAGCGUCAUCUUUGGAUUUGGUUCUGAGAACGACCAGUACACCCUGCCCUGCAGCGCCGGCUACGUGGGAAACAUCACUGCCAGAUGUCACUCUUCAUCAUGGCAACUGGUCAAGGAAACGUGUGUGCCCUCUCAGCUGGAGGAACUGAGGAAGAAUCUCAGUGCAAUUGAAGGCAACAUCACUGAAGCAGCUGUGUCUACCAUAAUGCAAGAACUUUCCACCAUCAUUCAAAAAAGUCCAUCCACCACGGCUGGGAGCUUAGGAUCUGUGGUCUCAAUUCUGAGACAGGUUUCAUCUCUGUCAUUCUCCAGCCAUGUCCAACUCUCAGCCCCAACAACAAAGAAUUUCUUAACUGUAGCCGACCACCUCCUUAAUUCUACAGCCAUAAGCAACUGGAUGGUUUUGCUGCAGGAAGAACGGAACGCCAGCUCACAACUGCUAGAGACACUGGAAGACAUUAGCAUUCUGGUUCCUUCUAAAAUCAUGCCUCUGACGUUUUCAGGAAAAUUCAUUAAUUGGAAUGGGAUUCUAGCAACAGCAAGCCAGAAACAGGAGGGUUACAACUAUCAGAUAGAAUUCUUACAGGAAAACAGUUCUAAGCCUAUCAGAGGGACAUUGUCAAUAGGCAAAGACCAAUUCCAGAAAUCCCUUCCCCAGACUAUCAUCAGUAUGGCCUCUCUAACUCUGGGAAGCAUACUACCCAGCACCUCAAAGAGCAGUGCUGUAGUUAAUGGGCCAGUGAUAUCAGCCAUCAUUCCAAACUAUACAUUAGAUGAAGUUUUCCUGAAUUUUUCCAAGAUAGACUCCAACCUGAGCAAGCCAUACUGUGUGUUUUGGGAUUUCAGACACUUGGAAUGGAAUGAGGCCGGCUGCCAACUGUUGAAAGAAACUCAUGACAAUGUGAUGUGUAGAUGUACCCACCUGACCUCCUUCUCCAUGCUGAUGUCACCCUACGUCCCUCCUACCAUCAUCCCUGUGGUGAAAUGGAUCACUUAUGUGGGACUCAGUGUCUCCAUUGUAAGCUUGAUCCUAUGCCUGGUGAUCGAGGCUAUGUUCUGGAAGCAGGUGAAGAAAAACCAAACCUCCCACACCCGCCACAUUUGCAUGGUGAAUGUGGCCCUGUCCCUUUUGAUAGCUGACAUUUGGUUUAUCAUUGCAGCUACUUCUGAUGCCCAGAAAAAUGCCUCAGGAGUUUGUGUAGCUGCUGUUUUUUUCACUCACUUUUUCUAUCUUGCCUUAUUCUUUUGGAUGUUGACAUUAGGCAUCAUGAUGGUCUAUAGAAUGGUUCUGAUUUUCCAUCACAUGACUAUGCCCACCAUGAAAGCCAUUGGCUUCUCCCUUGGUUAUGGUUGUCCUCUCCUCAUAACCAUCAUCACCAUCGCUGCCACGCAACCAAGCAAUAGCUACCGAAGGAGAGAUGUAUGCUGGCUCAACUGGUCAGAGAAUGCCAAGCCACUUUUAGCCUUUGUUGUUCCAGCCCUGACCAUCGUGGUUGUGAAUCUGAUGGUUGUACUGGUGGUCUUACUUAAACUGCGGAGGCCUACCAUUGGGGAGAGGCUGAGCCGAGAUGACAAGGUUACCGCCAUCCGCAUUGGAAAGUCGAUAGUCAUUCUAACACCCUUGCUGGGGCUCACUUGGGGAUUUGGCUUGGGAACAAUAGUUGACAGCCAGUCUCUGGCUUGGCAUAUAAUAUUUGCCCUGCUCAAUGCAUUUCAGGGAUUUUUCAUCUUAUGCUUUGGAAUGCUUUUUGAUAGUAAGAUUCGUGAACUUCUAUUUAAGAAGCUGUUUCCAAUAAACUCAUCGUCAUCAAUGCAGCCAAUGAAGAGUACAUCAGAUCUAGCAAUGGGGCCCAAAUUCCUGAAGACAUUUAACCCAUUACACCAAAAAGGCACAUACACACUUUCUGGUUCAGGAGAGUCCACAAGUGACAUUAUGCUCACUCAGUUUUUAUCAUCUGAAUGA